AUGGCCCUGCUCUCGCUGGCCCUGUGGGGGAUCCUCGCAGCAGGCACCGCAGCAACGCCAGCAAAGCUCUGGAAGGAGCGCAUCAAGAAUGUCGUCGUCCUCGUGCAGGAGAACCGGUCGUUCGACACCUUCCUCGGCGGGCUGACCUACAACAAGAGCAUUGACGGCGUGCUGAAUCAUCCCUAUUGCAAUCCGCUGGAUCUUAAGGAUAGGAAUUCUGCCCUGGUGUGUGCUCGACCGGUCGCCGGCAAUGUGGCCGCCGACGACCCCAACCAUGGGAUCAGCGGCGGCAAUAUGCAGAUCUACGGCACGUACCAUCCGGACGAGGACCGGAUCAAGAAGGGCUACUACGAUACCGAUUCGGAUCUCAUGAAGGGAUUCGUUGCGGAGCAGGCGUUCUUGUACAGCAUGGACGACGCCGCGCGCGCAGCAGAGGUGAUCAACUACUUCACACCCGACCAUAUCCCUGUCUUUGCGACUCUGGCGGAGAACUUUGUGCUCUUCGACCGGUGGUUUGCAGCUGUGCCGGGUCCGACCAAUCCAAACCGUGCUUACAUUACGUCGGGAACAUCAUACGGACACGGAUACAAUGAUGUCGACUUCGAUACGUCGGCCCUCCCGCAACGGUCCAUCUUCCAGCAGCUGACGGAGAAGGGCAUCUCCUGGAUCAACUACUCCAACGCGACGGGCUUCCUGCCCGACGCCCUGUUCUACCGCUGGACGGUGGAGUCUGGCGCGGCGCGGACAAACGUCAAACCCAUCGAACAGUUCUACGAAGACGCUGCCCAGGGCACGCUGCCGCAACUCACGUACAUCAAUCCGGAGUGUUGUGUAUGGCAGUCCUUCCACCCGCCGUCGCCCGUCAGCGUGGGCGAGGGCUUCGUGAAAAGUGUGUACGAGGCGCUGCGGGCGUCGCCGCAGUGGAACGACACGCUGUUCAUUUUGACGUUUGAUGAGCAUGGCGGGUUUGCGGAUCACGUAGUGCCGCCGGUGAACGUGCCUCGGGGAGAUGAGCUGACCUACACGGAGACCGCUCCCGAUGGGCGGUCGAUCACGUUCGACUUCACUCGUCUGGGGAUGCGGGUGCCCACGCUAUUGAUCUCGCCGUGGGUGGACCGCGGGAUCGUAGUCAACAAGCCUUCGACCAGGGGCGAGUAUACGCAUACGUCGAUUCCGGCCUUUCUCGCUAAGCUCUGGGAUCUUGACAUCUUGACGAAUCGUGUGGGCUGGUCUGCGACGUUUGAGGAUUUGAUAUUGAGUGAGUUGAGGGCUGAUACGCCGGAGAAAUUGCCCGAGCCGGCAGACUUUUAA